UUUAAACCUCCUCGUCCCCUCUUUAACUUAGUCCUCUCUUUCCCCUAGGCAUGAGCACUUUAUUUAUCUGUGCUCGCCUUCCCGCCUCUCUCUGUGAUGGCUGUUUCCCACCAAUCUUCACCUUCCCAAGCUGGACUUCAAUCCUACUGUACCGUUACUGUUGAGGAAGGCUUUUUUUUUUUAAAAAGAGGAAUAUUCCCUGGGUUUUAUGGCAAGUACUGCCAUACACAAAUAUGCAUCCGCAUUUUCCAAAUAGCCUUCUUUUCAUGCCAGCUUACGUGGAGGCAGAUACAGUAAAGGUCAGUCGCAACCUCCAGUUGCGACCUUUCGAGUCCUUUCGCAUUCUUUGUCCGCCCCCUCGUGUAACCUCCGUUGACUCGCGUGCUCCCCUGUAGUCUUCCUCGAGUACAGUGUUACACUUCAGAAACCUCCAGUAAAUGUUGUAAAGCGUCCACAGAGCCUGCGACAAGGUUGAAGGCUCACGCGUAGAAGGCGGCGGCGGAUGCUGGACGGAGACCCAGAGGCCUAGAAUCUGGAAUCCCGUGGGUGUGUGUCGAGGGGAAUUGUCAUUCCCCGAAUAAGCUGCUUCGUCACCGUCUUCGGGGUCAGGUGUGACGUAUCUGGUUGCGGCGUCGAUGAACGUGAUGACGUAGUUGAAGUCGGCUUCGGUGUCGUCUCGAGGCAUGUUUAGAAUAUCGGUGUAGACCUUUUCCAUCGGAGCGUAAGUGGGUGCGCUUGGAUUGUGAUGGGCUGGGAAAGGUUUAUGAGGAAGAUCUGCUUCGGGGCACGUGAAGCAUCGUGCUCUUGGUCGGCGAAGUUCUUGGCCGCUCGUCGUUAGAAGGGCGUUACGUUCUAACACCUCUGCUUGUAUUGUUUGUAGUAUCGUGCUGUUUGCAGGAUGUCCGAGACGUUGGUGCCAGAUGUCGUCGGGAGCGCGGUGACCGGGCGAGCGGUGGUAGAUGUCGGCGUUGGAGAAGAACGCGACGACCGAGGCGGGACUUCGACAAGCUUCUCGUGUGGCGGGCAUAAGUUGGUCUGCUUCCGUUGGCUGUCCUCGUGUCGCUGGUGGUGGUACUCGGCUGGGUCCUGCUGCCGAUACUGCAGGUAUGGUGUUGGAGUGCCAGAAGCCGUCACUGUCGAAGUCGGGAUCAAGAUCCGGCGGGUGAGUCCAGGCGGCGAACGAUACGAU